UUUAGUGACCACUGGUUGAGUGGAGCGCACGCAGGAAAUCAGAGACAUGCUCAGUUUUGCAAACGAGUCGGCUUUGCAUCUUCUCUGUGAGAAAUAUUUCUAAAAAAGUAAAAUAACUACAGCUAGUUGGUUAUUUUAUUCUCUUUCGGGGGAUUAUUCAGACAACAAAUAACGAAAGAAAAAGCCGGACAUAGAGGAAGUAUUGACCCGAACUGUAAAUCUUUAGAAAGUGCUCAUGAUGUCUGGUGAAGAGGCUCCAACCCAACAGCAGGAACCCGAGCAGGUGAAGAAGACCGACGAACCUCCUCCUGCCGCCCCAGAACCGCAGCUGGAGCCGGAGAGCAGCAGCAGCCCGACUCCAACCGAGGAGGAGAAGCCCCUCUCCUCCAGAGCUCUGGUCCUGACGGGAUAUGGAGGCUACGAGAAAAUCAAGCUGCAGGUGAAGACCUUGAAGAAGCCUCAGCUGAAGCCCGGAGAGGUGCUGGUCCGAGUCAAGGCGUGUGGGCUGAACUUCGCCGAGCUGCUGGGCAAACAGGGGCUGUACGACCUGCUGCCCGCCCCACCCGUCAUCAUGGGGAUGGAGGGCUCCGGGGUCAUCGAAGCCGUGGCGGAUGAUGUGAAGGACAGAAAAGUGGGAGAUCGGGUUAUCGCGAUGGACCGCUGUGGCAUGUGGCAGGAGCUAGUCGUCGUCCUGGCUAAGCGCACCUACCCCAUGCCUGAUGAGAUGAGUUUUGAAGAAGCUGCUGCUCUUCCCAUUAAUUACAUGACAGCGUACAUGAUGCUGUUUGAGAUGGCCAACCUCAGGCCAGGAAAAAGUGUUCUCAUUCACAUGGCUGCUGGUGGUGUGGGUAUUGCUGCUACCCAGUUGUGUCAGACUGUGCAGGAUGUGACUGUCUUUGGCACUGCAUCGGCUUCAAAACACGAGACGAUCAGCCAGGGAGGGGUAACUCACCCCAUUGACUACCGCACCAAAGACUACGUGACUGAAAUCCGGAAAAACAGCCCAAAGGGAGUUGAUAUAGUCCUGGACCCACUUGGUGGUUCUGACACCCAAAAAGGCUUUGGUUUGCUCAAACCUCUGGGCAUGAUUAUAGCCUUUGGUGCAGCUAACUGUGUGACAGGUCAGAAAAAGAACCUGCUGGCCAUGGCAAAGACCUGGUACAACCAACUGUCUCUCAACACCCUGAAACUGAUGCAGACCAACAAGGCCAUCUCCGGCUUCCAUCUGGGCUACAUCGAUGACGAGGAGCUGUUUGAUGGGACGAUUUUUAAGCUGCUGGAGCUCUACAAGCAGGGAAAGAUCAAACCACGCAUCGACUCCUGCUAUCACUUUGAGGAGGUGGCUGAAGCCAUGAAGCGCAUGCAUGAACGCCAAAACAUCGGGAAAGUCAUUCUCCUUCCAGAACCAAAAAAGAGGGAAGAGAAGCCAAAGUCCAACGCAGACGCCGUGGAAAAAAACGAAGCUGCCAUCAACGAGAAGAAAGAGGAGCCUGCAGAGGAAGUUAAGGCAGAGCAGGAUUGAGUUAAUGUGAAAGGUGUUUUCAGCAACAUUUCAGUCCAGUUUUACAGUCAGAAAAAGAAGCAAGUUGCCAUGAAUUCAGUGAUUUUUGUCAGUAUUCAGAUGCCUGAUGUUUUGUUGUGCAAUAUGUCAAUAGUGCAGAGUCUUGUUAGGAACACUUUGUAUUUUGAAAUAAAGAAUGAUUUUUCUGAUGCACCAUUA